AUGGAGCAGCCAGGGGGGCAAACAGCUGAUACUGUGUGUAUAGGAGUGAAUUAUCCAGGUCCAGUUUGUGGCGUGAAAGGAUCAACUGUCACUCUCCCCUGCACCUUCACACCUGCGACUGUCAAAGACAACGGACGAGAAGUUCAACUAAAAGUUACCAGAGUCGUCUGGUGUCAGAACCAUCGGUUCUGUGAGGGCCCCGUCCCGUCUGUGUUCGACAGCGAGUCACAGAACAACGACUCUCGGUACAAAUACCUGGGAGACAAGAGCAGCACCUGCACCUUACAGAUCUCAGAUCUACAGGAGGAAGACGCUAAAGAUGGCAGAGGAAUAUUUACUGGCACAAACGGAGUGAAAGUCACAGUCAGCGAUGGGGAACAGAUGAAGAUAGACAGCUCCAGCAGUGAAACAGCGUUAGAACGAGGUGACACGGUGACGCUGCGCUGCUCUGCUCGCUGCACCUUCCACCAGCUGGAGGUCACCUGGUUCAGAGAUGGCCACGCCCUCCCAGAGACCGGCCCCGCCCUCCCGAUCGGCCCUCUGACUGCACAGCAUUCUGGGAACUACACCUGUGGGUUGAAGGGGAACGAGCUCUCGUUGUCCCGGCCGUUCGUCCUCCAGGUGAAGGAACGAGAAACUCCGACUGGAAACUCAAAGUGUGACACACAGCUGGUGGUCCGUCUGGUUCUCUUCUCUCUGCACACUGUGCUCAUCAUCACAGCAGCAGCCGUCGUCAUUAAAAGGACGUGUGUUUGAAGGAAAGCAGCAGCAAGCUGAGAGACGGAACAGACUUCAUGAAGGAGCAACGACGGACCGUCUCAUAU